UCUCCUCAUCGGGAACAGUUCAACAGGCGAUCUGAUCAUCCUCCGUAUUUCCGAGACUGAUGAUGGACUAUAUAAGUGCAAAAUCUCGGAUGUUGGAGAAUCACCAGAGAGUCGGCUGACUGUCAGAGCACCUCACACAGAGACUCCUCCCGGCUCAGACGACAUGUUCUUCAUCUUCAGAAACAUUAUCCCCGUCGUGCUGAUGGUUCCUCUGCUGCUGCUGCUGGGACUGCUUCACUGUGGGAACCUCAGAGGGUUGAGCAGCAGAUGUGUCAUGUGGUUUGACUCUAUCAAGACAUGAAGAUUCUCACAAGAUUCUUUUUUUUGUCGGUGUCUAUACCACUUGACAGAACUCUGACAAAGCAAGGGACCGCAACUUCUCUACACCUCUGUGAAAGACUCUGAGUGUCUGUGGGUACACAUGUGAAACGUGUCACGCAGUGAUGCGCAUUCAAGCAGCAUACAUACAUAGAAACUGGUGUUGUUGCAGCCAAACAUCAACAAGGUCAACAACACAAGACAUGGCAGCCAGCUGAUAUUAGUCCAAAAGCAGUCUGUAACUUCCUGUGCCUGUACCCUUGCAGCUUUCAUGUUCAGGCUACAUCAUUUGUAAUCUAAUAAAGCUCCUCUCUUUCCUCCUCCAAACAAUGUUGAUUGAGAUACUACAUUCACACAGAGCUGCUAGCACGGCUAUAAGAAAAGUUUAUUUAUAUGUUGGUCAGAUGUUCUUCUCUGUUCUGAGUCUGGUGUGUUCGUUAGCUCCACCCUCUGAUAUUUAACCACUGAGGUUAUUUCUACCACGACAGCAGCUCUGUCUCUGAGAGAAUGGUUUUCAAACUAAAGCCCAAAAUUAGCGUUGCAUCAACAGUAAAAAUAAGCCACACAGGAAGAGACCCAUAGUCACGUACCUUACACUUCAGUCUGUUCACACAGUCGGCAGCCAGUCGACAUGGAGGUCACAGCUCUCUGCAUCAGACUGUUGAUGAAUGUGUUAUUCCUGCUGUGUGAUCAGAAAGUUGAUUCAGUGUCUCUUCGUGUUGAACCAAACAAACUGCAGUUCUUUCAAUAUGACCCUGUAACUUUAAGUUGUGAGGGUUGGUCUGGAUGGAAAGUGGCACAUAAGGUCAAAAAGGAUUCACAAUGUAAAACUACAACCUGCAUCAUUAAAAAUGUUUAUCUAGAGGAUGGUGGAGAGUACUGGUGUGAGGAUGAAAACGGGGAGAGAAGCAACAGCAUCAACAUCACUGUCACUGAUGGUUCUGUGAUCCUGGAGAGUCCUGCUCUUCCUGUGACGGAGGGAGACGUUGUGACUCUGCGAUGCAGAAACAGUAAGGCUUCCUCCAACCUCCUAACUGAUUUCUAUAAAGAUGGCGUCCUCAACAGGAACAGCUCUACAGGAGAGAUCAACAUCCACAGUGUUUCAAAGUCUGAUGAAGGACUCUACAAGUGCAAAACCUCUGAUGGUGGAGAAUCAGCAGAGAGCCGACUGACUGUCAGAGAUCUACAUCAUCAGGAAAAAAACAAUAAUGGUCCCUCCUCUGGUUCCACUCCAUGGAUCAUUGUCACUGUUUUAUUGAUGAUCCUGCUGUUGGUGGUUGGACUCCGUCACUAUGGCAGAGCAUACUACGACAGAGUGUUGCUCUACCUGUCCAGACUGAAACCUGCAUCAGGCUCAGAGGGUCAAACAGUUCAAGUGGAGGCCAGUGCAGCUGGUGAAGACAAACCGAUAUAUGCUACUGUAAGAAAAAACAAGAAGAAGAAAGAUGAGGGUGAAUUGUUGUCUUCACCUGUGUACUACACCUUGGGCGAGGAUGAAACUCAACAACCAGCUGAGCCAGUCACAGACGCAUUUUAUGCGCUUGCAACAGGUGUCACCAACCAACCUUUAACAGAGGAUACCUAUGCUACAAUCACAUAGGUUGCUGAGUGACAGACGAGUGACACGAGGUGUUUUCAAAGAUCGCAGUUCACAGUUUCAACAAGUAUGCCAAUCUUAGCAACACCACGUUAUGACUGACAACAAGGAAGUAGAUUGUUUUUUGUAAUUGCACUGAGCUAUAUCAGGGGAAUGGUUUGCACUUGUUUGUUACAAAUGUAUAGAUACGUCUGUAAAAAUAAUGUGUAAUAACAAAUUGACUUCGGAUGAGAUGUGAUGAAAGUGGUACACUGUGUGCACAUUCAGUUACAGUUUGUAUAUUUAUAUUCAAUGGCAGUGAGCAGAAUCUUAACGAACUUUGGACUAAAGCGGUUCAUCAUGAUCUUCAGUUAACUGAAGCUGUGUGUAUUUUCAAGACGUGCAGGUUUAUUUUUAGUUAAAGCGAGUUGUUCCGUCUGCUUCGUGAGAACGCUGUUCACAGAAACAGAGCUGCUGCACUUUUUAACACUCGCUGUGGUCACCUGCUAACUUCAUGGUGCUGCAUUCGAAACAAAUACCGCUGUUUGUGGUCAACACUCUAAUAAUACUGUGAACACAAUGCAGUUAGUGUUACGUAAAGAUCUAAGGGCCACUGAUGAGAAGACGUGCAACUGCAUUUACACUGUAUAAAGGUCACGUUGUACAUGUCAAAGUGUAUUUUUGUGCUUGUUGUCUCUUGCCAAACAUGACAUGGUCCUUGUAAUAUUUCCUGUUCUUGCAUUAAUAAAUGACAGGUUAAGCAGUGUG